AUGACGGCAGCGGCUGGUUUGGAGGAUUUCCAGAGGGUCAAUGCUCAGUUUUUGGGGUCAAACAGUGAUACUCCACCCGCUCAAACGACAAAUUGGAAGCCGCCGCCGGUGAAUAUGGUGAAGGUGAACUGGGAUGCUGCCAUAGAUAAAAAAAACUCCUGUGUCGGGAUUGGAAUUCUAGCAAGGGAUGCAAAUGGGCAAUUUAUGGCUGCUUGUGGACUCAAGAAGAAGACAUUAAGGGAUCCUACUGUGGCUGAAGCAUUUGCUACCCUCCACACUGUGCUAUUUGCCAAUGAGCUGGGCUUUGAACAUGUAAUCUUUGAGGGAGAUGCACUAACGGUAGUGAAGGCUAUUAAUUCUACUGACACGUGUGAGAGUAGCUAUGGACAUUUCGUGGAAGAUGUGAAGCGUUCUAGGAGCGAAAUAGCAAUAUCUAGUUUUGUUCAUGUGCUAAGGGGAGCAAAUUCAGCUGCCCAUAAUCUAGCAAAUGAGGCUUGUACCCAUGUCACUGAUAUUUGUCAGUGGCAUUUGAUUCCACCAUGUAUUGGUGAUAUUAUUAGGAAGGUGGGGACUCUCCUCUCUUCUUGA